AUGGAGAUGAACAAUUUUAUCGGUCGGCGAUUCAACCUCGUGUCGAUGAGCGACAUCCGUUAUGUUGGUACUCUGCACGACAUCAACCCAGAGGCCUCCACCAUCGCGCUCGAGAACGUCAUAUCACACGGCACCGAAGGCAGACGCGGCAAUGCGUCAGAGGAAGUCCCGCCGGCCACCUGCGUGUACGAAUACAUUGUUUUUAGAGGCAGUGAUGUGAAGGAUAUCAACUUUGCAGACGAGGAGAAGGAAAACCAGCCUCCAGAACAGCCACAGGUGCCCAAUGAUCCUGCUAUACUUGGAACUACCGCUCCUCCACGUCAGGCUCCUGGUCCGGCCCAAGCAGGUCGUGGUCAGCCAACCCAAUUCCCACAGCAGCCACCCCGACAACAACAACCACCACCCGGAUAUCCUCAGCAACCACCUCCUUAUCCCAAUUACUACAAUCCUUAUGGACAACAGUUCCGUGGCCCACCUGGCGGUCCACCUGGAUUCCCGGGCGCUCCUGGUCCUGGUCCCGGGUUUCCUAACAUGCCCUAUGGACAGCAAGGAUGGUAUCCGCCUCCAGGACAAGGCUUUCCACAGCAGCCAGGCCCAUUCGGACCACCCCAGAUGCCGAUAGCUCCUCCACGAGGGCCACCAGGGCAACAACAGCAACCACCGCAGCAGCAGCAACAGCAGCAGCCUCAGUCGCAGCAGCCUGGUGCCGAAGGUGCCCCAGCAUCUCAGAAUGCCCCAGCGCCAACCUCAGAGCUUCCUGGCGGCGAGAAAGCUCCAAAGAAGCCUGCGACACCAGCCCCAGGUACCACCACCGAGAAGCCAGAGCAAAAGUCAUCUCAGGCCAAGCCAGAACCCUCCACCACGCAGACUAACCAAACCCAAAAGCCGGCUCCAACUACUGCGCCCGCCAAGCCGGCUCCCGAGCCAGCAACUGCUCCGAAGAAUGAUAGAAUCAUCCCAGCUAUUCCUAUUGCCGUGCCACUCAAGCCCGCUGCGCCCGCGGCCCAGGCUCCUGCUCCUGCUCCUGCUGGACAACAGGCGAAUCGAAAUGCUCCUAAUGCUAUGGAGGAAGCUACUCGUGCUGCCACGGCCGCUGUUGCAGCUGCAAUGGCAAAGCUACCGCAGCCCGCUGGGUCACAGCAACAGCAACCUACGAACGGGUCCGUAGACGGAGUGACCAAGAAGGUCGGCGAGAUGCGACCAUUCGACGGUGAACGUCAUGGACGAGGCCAGGGCCACCAUGCUCCCCGCGGCCGCGGUGCUCAUCGUGGACACCACCAACAGCAGCAGGUGAAGAAAAUCGAGGUCCCUACAACCGACUACGACUUUGCAUCUGCAAAUGCCAAAUUUAACAAACAGGACCUUGUGAAGGAGGCCAUUGCGUCUGGAUCGCCAUUGCUCGAGGCUGAAGGAAAGCCAGCUAGCACUCCUUCUGAAGCUAAUGGAGCUGAUGCCGGUGAUGCGUCAAGUGCUGCAUCGGGUCAUGCCUCUGCUAUAGGGGUAUAUGAUAAAACCUCAUCGUUCUUUGACAACCUAUCCAGCGAGAUGCGUGACAGAGAGGAAAAUACUCGGUCCAAGACCAGCGGCCGCGAAUGGCGUGGAGAGGAAGAAAAGAAGAACAUGGAGACGUUCGGACAAGGAAGUGUCGACAGCGGAUACCGUGGUAGAGGCCGUGGCCGUGGACGAGGCUUCGGCGGCCGUGGCAGAGGCUACAACCGCGGCUAUGGCGGUGGACGUGGCAGAGGCGGUUUCCGUGGCGGACGAGUUGCAUCUGAGUCCACGGGAGUCCCAUCUAGCUCCUAA